AUGCUUGUGUUCGUGCGUCGUUUGGCGACGGAUGGAGUCUGCAUCGCAGACGCCAUCGCAAACGCCAUCGCCGACGUUAUCGCAGACUCCAUCGCAGACGCCAUCGCAGACGCCAUCGCAGACGCCAUCGCAGACGCCAUCGCAGACGCCAUCGCAGACGCCAUCGCAGACGCCAUCGCAGACGCCAUGGCAGACGCCAUCGCAGACGCCAUCACAGACGCCAUCGCAGACGCCAUCGCAGACGCCAUCGCAGACGCCAUCGCAGACGCCAUGGCAGACACCAUCGCAGACGCCAUCGCAGACGCCAUCGCAGACUCCAUCGCAGACACCAUCGCAGACGCCAUCGAAGACGCCAUCGCAGACUCCAUCGUUGCACUCUUCAUUCAUUUCCACAAAGAGUCUUCUGAGCAUCAAUCGCCGACACAGAGAAUGCUCCUUCUUCUUGUACAAGCACUGAUGAAAUUUGCCUCUGCAUUUUAUGUUGGAGUGCAUCAAAAACAACUGGGAUGCAAGCCCUGCGUCAGUCUGGCUGUGGGCCAAGACGAGCUAAUUUCUUUGGCUCUGCUUCGUAUAUUUUGCAUAACAUGA